AUGCGUGCCCGCGAGUGGCCGACGCUGCUGGUGGCCGGCAACGGCAGCAUCCACACCGCCGUCAAGUGCUGCCUCACGGCCGCGCGCUUUGUGCAGCCCGACGGCCUCAUAGUCAGCUUCGAGCCGCUGUUCCGGGCGGAGAACCACGGCCGCGCCCUCCUUGCCCUCUCUGUCCUGCCCUGCGAUCCACAGCCGCUGCCAGCCGCGGGCGCGUUCGCGCCCGGCUCGGCGGUGGCAGCCGCGGCCGCGGGCGCGUUCGCGCCUGGCUCGGCCGCGGCCGCCGCGGCGGCCGCGCAGAUUAAGGUCGGCGCGCACUCGCGCCACGCCAACGUGGGCGCCGCGCUGAGCUCGCGCCUAGUGGAGGGCGGCUCGCCGUACGUCGUCCUUUCCGCUCUGGGGGAGACGGCGGUCGCCAACGCGGUGAUGGCGGCCGCGCACGCCCAGCACUACCUGUCCACUCAGAGCGGCCGGCGGCUGGCCGUGGAGGCGCGCGCGGCGGUGGUGGUGAAGGGCGGCGACCAGCUCGUGGGCGUCCAGCUGUGGGUCAGGCUGCAGCCGCCUGGCAGCACCGGCGGCGCUGCCGACGCGGGCGCGCCAAACGCCGCGGCCGCGGCGGGCCCUUCGGGCGGGGCGAUGGUGCCCGCCGCAUAA